GCAGUGGAGGGGUCCUCUCUGGUGCUUCGGACACGUGACACGUCACUGUCAGUCCCCAAGUUGUACACCCACGUCUGCGACAACGACGAUGUCGGCGUCGUUGCCCGACCAGCUCAUCCAGUUCGACGCCUUCCCCAAACUUCCUUCCACCUACAAGUCUCGUUCAGAGUCGCGCGGUCUGUUCACCCUUCUCGUCGCCCUCAUUGCCUUCCUGCUCAUCCUCAACGACCUCGGAGAGUAUAUCUGGGGAUGGCCAGAUUAUGAGUUUAGCGUCGACACCAUGUCGGACAGCUUCAUGGAUGUCAACGUCGAUAUGGUCGUAAAUAUGCCUUGCCAAUUCCUCAGCGUAGACCUUCGAGACGCCCUCGGCGAUCGCUUGUUCCUUAGCAAAGGAUUCCAUCUCGACGGCACCGUCUUCGAUGUCGGUCAAGCGACGACCUUAAAAGAACACCAGAAAGCCCUCUCUGCGCGACAGGCCGUAGCUCAGUCGAGAAAAUCGAGGGGACUGCUAUCUUUGUUCAGACGGAAGCAGCAGGAAUUUAGGCCUACAUAUAACCAUCAGAAGGAUGGAACUGCGUGCAGGAUUUAUGGAUCUCUUAGCGUCAGAAAGGUUACUGCCAAUCUACAUAUCACUACCCUCGGCCAUGGUUACUCCAGCAGCGUGCACGUUGAGCAUGACAAGAUGAACUUGUCCCAUGCCAUCACCGAGUUUUCGUUCGGGCCUUACUUCCCUGAUAUCGUCCAACCUCUUGAUUAUUCCCUCGAAAUUGCCAACGAACCGUUCGUAGCCUACACCUACUUCCUACAUGUCGUACCUACGACCUACAUCACUCCACGGAGUCCGCCCCUCCACACCAACCAGUACAGUGUCACUCAUUACACACGCACAUUCGCACACGGAGCCGGUACCCCCGGCAUAUUCUUCAAGCUCGAACUUGAUCCCAUGGUCAUCUCGAUACACCAACGCACCACGUCCCUGACACAUUUGAUGAUAAGAUGCAUCGGUGUCAUUGGAGGUGUAUUUACAUGUGCAUCCUACUUCCUCCGAGUAACAGUCCGAGCCGUCGAAGCUGUUUCCGGGACAAACAAUACCUCCGGAAUCGUAGCCGCCGAAGCUACCGGUAUCCGCAAGCGCUGGACGGGAGGUAACCUCCGCGCAAGAACUUCUAGCAGUCGGAACAGCUGGAUCGCCGAAAGCAGUGGGGGUAUCACGCCAUUACCAUCGUCAUCUUACGCAGCGAAUUACUCCACGACGCCUGUAUCGGCUGGAUUUGCAACGCAGCAAGCCUCCUACCCGUACUCCCCGUAUUUGAGCGCGCAGGCUUCUCCGCAGCAGGGAGGGCCGGGAGCAUUAUCCGUUCCUCCGACCCCGAACACGAGUGUGGGACAUAGUUUCGGGCCGUCGACGCUGGGACCUCCUCGCGCGCGUGGACACGUGCAUGCGAACUCGAUCAGCGGGCCCGUUAUGGGGAGGAGUGUGAGUGCCGAGUCACCGACCCCGGGAAGAGGUGUAUCUCCAUCGUCGUCGCCUCUAGUGGGGCCGGUGCCGGGAAAGGGGCCAGCCUUGCUGGGGGGGAAGAAGGACGAUUGAGGAUAUAGUUAGUCUGAUGUUUACCACCCGCCUGUCCUUUCUUCAUCCGUAAUGGAAAGCGGGACUAUCCCGCUCUGCACUUGUGUAUUGCGGUAGAAAACAACAUUGAGUGCAUUGACC